AUGGCAGAUGGUGAGGAUAUUCAGCCACUUGUCUGUGAUAAUGGAACAGGAAUGGUUAAGGCUGGAUUUGCCGGAGAUGAUGCUCCAAGGGCUGUGUUUCCUAGCAUUGUGGGUCGCCCACGUCACACUGGUGUGAUGGUUGGCAUGGGCCAAAAGGAUGCCUAUGUCGGAGAUGAGGCCCAGUCCAAACGUGGUAUCUUAACACUGAAGUACCCUAUUGAGCAUGGCAUUGUGAGCAAUUGGGAUGACAUGGAAAAGAUCUGGCAUCACACUUUCUAUAAUGAACUCCGUGUGGCACCAGAGGAGCACCCUGUUCUACUCACUGAAGCACCUCUGAACCCAAAGGCUAACCGUGAGAAGAUGACCCAAAUCAUGUUUGAGACUUUCAAUACUCCUGCUAUGUAUGUUGCCAUCCAGGCUGUACUGUCACUUUAUGCCAGCGGCCGUACAACUGGUAUUGUUUUGGACUCGGGAGAUGGUGUCAGCCACACUGUUCCCAUCUAUGAGGGGUACGCCCUUCCACAUGCUAUUCUUCGUCUUGACUUGGCUGGGCGGGACCUCACUGAUGCCCUCAUGAAAAUCCUUACUGAGCGUGGUUACUCCUUUACCACUACAGCUGAGCGUGAAAUUGUGAGGGACAUGAAGGAGAAAUUAGCAUAUAUUGCCCUUGACUAUGAGCAGGAGUUAGAAACUUCCAAGACUAGUUCUGCCGUGGAGAAAAGUUAUGAAUUGCCUGAUGGACAGGUGAUUACCAUUGGUGCUGAGCGUUUCCGAUGCCCAGAAGUCCUUUUCCAGCCAUCCAUGAUUGGAAUGGAAGCCUCAGGCAUCCAUGAAACCACAUACAACUCCAUCAUGAAGUGUGAUGUAGAUAUCAGGAAGGAUCUUUAUGGCAACAUUGUCCUCAGUGGAGGAACCACCAUGUUCCCAGGUAUUGCUGAUAGAAUGAGCAAGGAAAUCACCGCUUUGGCCCAAGCAGCAUGA